AUGGUGAAUGGAACACCGCAGACAAGUACCACGGCAUCGCUCUCGAAAAAGGAGAGGAAACGGCAAGCUAAAGCAGCAGCGACCUCAGCCGCCGCAGGCAAGACGCCAAACGGUACCCCGCACGAGACCCCGAAAGUGAAGGAACAUCAACAGACGCCGUCAGUCAGGAAUAGAAAAUCAGAUGUACAGCAGGGGAUUGCGCACAAGAGCGAGGCGUCAGUGACGAAAACAAGGGAAGAGGAAGGUCUCGCCUCACAGCAGCACUCAACUCUUGCGAAACCGAAAAGCAAGAACAAGAAAAAAUCGACGUCUCUUUAUUCGAUGAUCUCCAUGGGACCGCGUUUUCUACGUCAAGAUCCUGUUUUCACGGCCGAUGAGAAACAUGUUAUCUUGUCUGAUGAUAAAUCGCUUAAGGUGUAUGAGGUCGAAACUUCAACCCUCGCCCAGUCAAUAUCAAAGCCCUCACCGUUUAUAUCCGCCUACGCUCUGUCCGCCUCAAAUACGAAUCAAGUCUAUACCGCAAGCGCUAGCGGCUUGAUAAGUCUCUGGGACUGGACGCUGGGUAAGAUCAUCGGACGCUGGGACGUAGGGGCACAUGUUCGGAGUAUCAGCGUUGUCAAAGACCCAGCGACCAACAUGGAUCUAGUCUUCACCCAUGAAACAUCCUCCCGGCACAACGUGAUCAACGUUCACGCUCUCCGGACGCGUGAGCAGGGUGCACCUACAGAGCUCAAGGAAAUCUAUAAACGAAAGAGGUCCAAUAUCAGUGGGUUCCAAGUUCUACUAAGCGGCAAGAUCGUAGUCGUCUCCGUCGAUAAGUCGAUCUUGGUUGGGACGCGCUCUGAAUCUCACAAGUCUGCUCUGCAGGAGUACGUCUAUGUGUGGCGCGAGUUUCAGACUUCGAUGCGUGUCACUGCGUUUGAUGCCUAUGUACGCACACCGUCGAACCCGGAAGGCAAAGCAUCGGCGACGAAGUCCAGAGAUCAUCUUGAUCUCGUAGUGGGCGAUCAAGAGGGUGCUAUACUGUGGUUCGAAGAUAUCCUAGCGUCGUUUGCGAGAUUGGAGAAGAGCCGCAAGGAAGGCGCAAGGUCCAACACAGACCUUGAUAUGCUCAGACCCAAACGUCUUCACUGGCACAGAGAGGCCGUGGCUUCCGUCAAGUGGUCUCGCGAUGGCAACUACUUGAUCUCUGGAGGCACAGAGACUGUUCUUGUUUUGUGGCAGCUGUCCACAGGCAAGCAGCAACACCUACCUCACUUGACUGCCGAGAUAGAAAACAUUGUCACCUCACCUUCGGGUGCAUUAUACUUGGUGAAACUGGCAAACACCUCCGUCAUCGCGUUGUCGACAACGGAAUUGAAGCCCAAGAUGAACAUAGUCGGAAUACAGGCCCAGCGUGUCGAGACCGGCAAAAUUUCCCCACAGCGAGAUCCCGAGCAUGACCGGACUACAUUAGCAAAGAAAGUGCCGAUGGUGGUUGAUCCGAAGGAUCACAAUCAGGUGCUUUUUACGGUACCAUCCUCUCAACCGUCAAACGAACAGGGAGGCGACCUCCAUGAGCCAUAUUUGCAAACGUUCGGCAUUGCGAGACAACAGCCCCUCUCCUCUCAGGCCCUCACCCGCAACAACGCCACCGAUCCAAAUAUGGCCCCAGAUGGGAAACGGAUAAAGGAACCGGAUGUCCAGUUUAUGCAGAUCAGCAAUGACGGGAGAUGGCUCGCCACGGUGGAGGAGUGGAUGCCCCCUCGCGCUGAUACCGACUACCUAGAUGAAGGAUUGCCGGAUUCCUACGAAAAAGAGCUCCUUGCCCGCAGGGAGAUCUAUAUCAAGUUCUGGCGGUGGGAUGAGAAGAACUCGCAAUGGGUUUUGGAGUCUCGCAUUGACUUUCCACAGACCCACAAAAACACCGCCGAGUAUUUGAAAACUCCUGUCCAAGAUCUCAUUGCGGACCUCUCCUCCCCCGGAUUUGCUACCGUUGGCCAAGAUCAUACGGUGCGGAUAUGGAGACCUAAAAAGACGAAAGACAGGUCCGUUACUUGGUUUUUGAAACGCUCGAUUGAGGUGCCCUGCAAUGUAGGCCGGCCUCGCUUCAAAUGGGAGGUCCAGUGGAACUGCCGUCUCGCUAUGUCUUCGGAUGGGUCCCUCAUGGCGGUGGGCGUGUCCGACGGAGAAUUCGGCGUCAUCCACCUCAUAAAUGCUUUUACAGGAGAAAUCAUACAUCAUGUCACGACACUCAACCUGGCCCAGAUAUCUUAUCUCGGCAUAAUACAUCGCCACCUGAUCGUCGCCAAACCAGACGGUGUCAGUCUCUACGAUGUCGGUAAAUACGAGAACACACCCGUCGAGCGGUCCGGGACUAUCGGCGAACUUGAUGCCUCGCUUGUUCGUUUCGCCAUCAAUCAUGAGACCAGGACCUUUGCCAUAGCAUACCCGAAGUGGAGUAGCGACAACCGGAUAGUUGGAUCGACGAUCUCCAUCUUUGACCAUUCGAACCCGAAGCCGCGCUGGGAAUCGACUCACCCACACUUUAUUCGAGCCCUUUGCUCCACGAAUGGCUACGAGGGCUAUGUGGCGUUGGACUCCACUGGCACUCUCAUAGUCAUCAGGCGUGAAGCCAGCGAUCUACAGAUUACUGCAAGCUAUCCCGAUUUGCGACGACGACAAAUGGUUGACUCUUCCUCUUCAGAGCCUGUGUCCUCUUCAGAGGAGAUUGAAGAGGCGGGUGAGGAGCACACUGGGACAGAGGCAAUUGACACCCUCGCAACUGGUGAUGGGCUGUUGCCGGAGAACGACAAGCCCGUUGUCACGGCGGAGCAGUUGGCGGAAGCGGUUGGUGCUGGGUUACCGUCACAUGCUUUGCCGCCCGUCCAGGACAUGUUUGAUGCGGUUUUCCGAUUAUAUUCCCGUAAGCCUAGGGUAUCACAGCAGGGCUCCUGA